UCCUUGCUGUUGGAUAAUCAAAAUAAUAGAACCGUGAGGAGUGUUUUGAUAUUGUGUAAAAUGCCGGUGCUUAAAAAUGUACUGUUUUUACGAUCUUUCCAUAAAGGAGUCCAAUCUGCUCGUGGUGCCGCUGUCUUGAAUGUGGAAAGGAAAAAAUGUGUUCGUAAUCCAAACAAAUCCAGUCCGCUCACACAUCUUCCCGAUUACACCUAUAUGGAUGGGCGUGUGACACCCUUUGGGUCCAACCAGAAGAAAAGGAUUAUUCAACAGCGAGAAAUUGCUAAACAAAUCGUAACGCUUUCGAAAGAGGUAGACUUUGCCGUAGAACGACACAAUCGACAGUUGGCGGAGGCAGAAGAAACCACACGAAAGCAGUUGGGUGAAAAGUUGAAACCCAAGGGUCAUUUAUUACUAAAGAAAACGUAAAAAUAGCUUUAUUUAAACGAAUAAAACGUUUAAUUGGUAGUAGUUAGCUCGGCUGUUGACGACGAAGCGUUUCUACACCUUUCAUGAAAGAUUGCACACGUGUCCGGCACAGCUCCGCACUCCAAUGCCCGUUUACCUU